UUUGGCUAGCAAGUUCAGAGCCAGGCAUCUUCCAGGCUUCUUCCACACCUGUAUCGUGAGCUCCAGGCGCCAUGGGGAGGCAGAAGGAAAUGCUGACGGCCCUUGGACGGAGGCUGCAGAUCAGGAAUAAGUUGGUCCGGCAGGCUCUGGCAGAAUGCCUGGGCACCCUCAUCUUGGUGAUGUUCGGCUGUGGUUCGGUGGCCCAGCUGGUGCUCAGCAGAGGCUCCCACGCCCGUUUCUUGACGGUCAACUUGGCCUUCGGCUUUGCUGUGACGCUUGGAAUUCUGAUCGCGGGACAAAUCUCAGGUGGGCAUUUGAACCCUGCCGUCACUUUUGCGAUGUGCUGCAUGGCCCGGGAACCUUGGAUCAAACUUCCGAUAUACGCCCUGGCUCAAACCGUUGGAGCAUUUCUCGGAGCCGGCAUCGUGUUCGGCUUAUAUUUUGAUGCAAUCUGGGCAUUCGGUGCAAACGAACUCUUUGUAACAGGCGCCAAUGGCACAGCGGGCAUCUUCGCCACGUAUCCAUCCGAACACUUGAAUUCCGUCAAUGGAUUUUUUGACCAGUUCAUUGGGACGGCAGCGUUGAUCGUGUGUGUGCUGGCCAUUGUGGAUCCUUACAACAACCCCGUGCCAAGAGGUUUGGAGGCCUUCACCGUUGGCUUCGUCAUCCUGGUCAUUGGGACCUCCAUGGGCUUCAAUUCCGGUUACGCCGUCAACCCAGCCCGAGACUUGGGCCCCCGUCUCUUCACCGCCAUUGCUGGCUGGGGUACCGAAGUUUUCACGGCUUGUGGACACUGGUGGUGGAUCCCCAUCAUUGCUCCCUUCCUGGGUGCCAUCGCAGGUGUUCUGGUCUACCAGCUGAUGAUCGGUUGCCACGAUGAACCUCCUGAAUUCAGCGACGAGGAAAGCGUCAAGCUGUCCAAUGUGAAGCAGAGGGAUAACCUUUGAAGCUGCACAAUUUGCUCUCUGGACACUGUUUUUUUUUUUUAAAAAAAUAAUGAUAAAAAAUUAAAAAAAAACCUGAAAAGAACCAAACAAGACAGCAAAAUGUUCACACCAGAGGAUUUUGGAGUCUUCUCCACACUUACUUCUUUGUCUAACCUUGUUUGUUUUGAUUAAGGCAGCUUUUCCCCAUCAGGUUCCCUCCAGGUGCUUUGGAGCUAGAAUUCCCAGGUUCCUCUUUCAACAUGCUGGCUGGGGAGGAUGGGGAUUGCAGAUCUGGACGUCACCAGAUGGAGGGAACUGCAUGGGAAUGUCCACGUCUACCGAAUUUCCUAAGGCAGCUUUCUCCCAUCAAGUUCUUUCUGGAACUAGAAAUCCCAGGUUCCUUUUUUGACCAUGUUGCCUGGGGAGAAUGGGAAUCGCGGAUCUGGAGGUUACCAGGUGGAGGGAAUUUGCCUGUGAAUACACAUGUUGAUGCUUCUAUUAAGGUAGCUUUCUCCCGUCAGGUUCCCUCCAGAUGUUUGAGAACUAGAAUUCCCAGGUUUCUCUUCGGUCAUGUUGGUUGGGAAGAAUGAGAAUUGCAGUCCCAACAGAUCUGGAGGUCACCCGAUGGAGAAAACUGCCUGUGUUUAUAUGCAUAUCUCAUAUCUUGUUGGGGGAUUUCGAUCUAUCUUGUCUUGUCUUGACGGACCAGAUGUUCCAUAGUUCUGCUCCCAGGUGGAAUAUUUUGGGUGGUCUUACCUGGGGCUCCGUCUUCACUAACUCCUAACAGGUUUCCUGCUUUGAUCCUCUCUGUUGCUUCUUCCUUUAGCAUGAGAUAGGUUUGGAAGGUAUGAAUUCAUUUUUGUAAAUAAAUUUGUGGCCGCGGUUUGAGAGAAGGAUGGGGGAAAUGCUAUUGCAGCUUCCGUGCACAGCUGGAUAUUCCCAAUCCACUGAUUUUUAGGGCUGGAUUUUCUGCAAGACAUUUUGGGUGAAAGUCAACGUUACAGAAUCAGAGAGUUGGAAGGGACCUUGGAGGUCUUCUAGUCCAAGCAGAAGACCCUACACC